AUGGCCGGCACAGCAAUUACAAUCUCCAUAGCCUCCGUAGUACUCCUCCUUUUUGUUCUACCGGCGAUCUCGGCGGCAGCGAAAAAUCACAGAGACAGUAGUUUUAUCCGUGACAAAUGCAACGCAACUUUGUACCCUGAUCUCUGCUACGAAACCCUUACUGCCCACACCAGUGAGGUGGAAGGAAGCAUUUCAAAGCUCACUCGCGUUGCCGUUCAAUACAGCUUCAAUACUACUCGUAACGCUAACGAUUACAUUAAGGUUCACCAAAUCCCAUCCAAAUCACGAAUGGCAGUGGUUCUAAGGAUCUGCGCGAGCAGCUUCGAUGUGGCCAUUCUUGACACGCAACGCUCGCAGUCGGAAAUGGACAACCUGAAGGGAUUCUCCAAGGAGUCUUUGGAGUUGCAGAUUAAAGAAAUGAAGACGUGGUUGAGCACCGCAUUUACAAACGAGGAAAAGUGUGCAAACCUGUUGGGCAACCUACCUAAUGGCCCUCUGACGUUGGAUGCAUAUAAUCUGGCGGUGACAGGAAAGAAAUUCACAAGCAUUGCACUUGGCUUGAUGAAUAAGUGGUCCACAGAAGUUGCACCUUUGGUGGCAGAUUCUGACCGCCCAUAA